UCAAAUCGAAAUAAACCGAACCAAAUCAAAUCAGAUGGCUCUUUAUGGAAAGCUACAAUACUGGGAGGAGCGCUACACUCACUCUGGGUAAGACGAAUAACAAGUGACUAGUACUGCAUAAACGAGUGCAGUACAUUACUUACGAAGUCUGAAUACAGACUAUUGCCUUGCUCGGUUUUCUUACAAUCUAUCGUUUCUCACAUUGCUUUCGUGCAGCGAUGUUGGCACAUAUGACUGGUACCAAACCUAUGGAAGCUUGCGCCAUCUAUUCGAAGCCGCCCCCGAUACUUCCAACGGCCUGCCUGACGAUUUCCCGCCACGUGAAAAAUGCCACGUUUUGGUUCUCGGCUGUGGAAAUUCUACAUUUGGAGAAGACAUGCAAAGCGAUGGAUGGCUGGGUGAAAUCGUAAGCAUAGACUUUUCCACCGUGGUGAUCGACCAAAUGGAAAAGAGGUACCGGAGGAAAGAAAACGAACGGAAGGGAAAGCAACAGCAACAAUUUUUCGCUCCGGGGAGUAUGCGAUUCGUGUGUGCUGAUAUCACGGAGGGGCUGCCUUUUUGCGACAAUGAGUUUGAUCUGGUUGUCUGCAAGGGAACCUUUGACGCAAUCCUAUGCAGCAGUGGAUCGGUGAACCAUGCCAAGCGGUUGGUAGCCGAGUGCGAACGCGUCCUAGCGAAAGGGCACGGCUGUUUCUUCCUCUGUAGCUACGGCAGCCCCGACAACCGGCUCGUGUUUUUGGAGCACCAAAACGAUCCCUCUUACUAUUGGGAGAACAUUGGCGUUCACCCCGUGGCCAGGAAGAACCAAAGGUAGGUGGCGUGGCAUUUGUUUUUCUCUUUGUUCAUGUGUUUUGGCGAGAUGGAACUAGACUAUGCCACAACGUAUGGUUGUCACAUAUUCGAACCGCCAGCUAAAUAUCGUAUCUUGCUUUGUGUCCACCCCGAAAGAAACGACUACGUCUACAUUUGCAGAAAAAAAGAGACUAACGCUUCCGAAAACGUCGUUUCGCGGCCUUUGGUUGUUGUGACGAACGAGGAGAACAUGGAACUCCCAGCGGGAGAGCCCAGUAGAGAGCCACAAAUCGCAAGGUCCGAAGCCGUGCGCUGUUAGUGCUCCAUUACUAGAAGCAGUCACUGUUCAGAGGAAAAUGAACAUGAAACUAAUUAACUUUAGACCAUGCU